AUGGCGGAAGUCGCUCCCGCUCCAGCCGCCGCGCCGGCCAAAGUUCCCAAGAAGAAAAGCGCUGCCCGGCCCAAGAAAGCCGGCCCCAGCGUCGGCGAGCUCAUUGUCAAGGCUGUUUCUCAGUCCAAGGAGAGGAGCGGUGUGUCUCUCGCCGCUCUCAAGAAAGCCCUGGCUGCCGGCGGCUACGACGUGGAGAAGAAAAACUCCCGCGUUAAGCUCGCGGUUAAGAGCCUCGUGACAAAGGGCACUCUGGUGCAGACCAAAGGCACCGGUGCGUCAGGCUCCUUCAAGCUCCACAAGAAACAAGCCGAGGCCAAGAAGAAGCCGGCGAAGAAAGCAGCGACUAAACCUAAGAAGGCGGCCGCCAAAAAGCCCGCCGCGACCAAGAAGGUAGGGGCGAAGAAGCCCGCGGCCGCCAAGAAAUCGCCGAAAAAAACCAAGAAGGUAGCAGCGAAGAAGCCCGCGGCCGCCCAAAAAGUCGCCAAGUCUCCCAAGAAAGCCAAGAAGCCGGCGGCCCCGAAGAAGACGGCCAAGAGCCCGAAGAAAACAAAGGCGGUUAAGCCCAAAGCUGCCAAGCCCAAGGCGGCGAAAAAGGCGGCUCCCAAGAAGAAGUAAACGAGCCGUCCUCUUUCAUGUCCUCUUUCUGUAUAGAAAAACGGCUCUUUUAAGAGCCACCCACAUUUUCCUCUCAAAGAGUUAGAUUUUCCUUCGUGCUGCACUCAAAAGUUUGUCAUUACUAGUUAGUAGUGAUAUUAUAAGAAACCGCCAGGCUCGACAUUAUAAUCGAGUUGCCCGUUUGCAUUUACAUGGAUGAGAGUAGGAGCGGAA